AUGGCGAUAGACCGGCGGAAGAUUGCUGUGUUCGGCGCAGCCUUUGUGCUGCGUCUUCUUCUUAUAUGUAUUUUUCCCUCGCUGCCGGAUCUGUUGACUGGGCGAGUUGAAGUCUCCACGCCCGUCAGUAGCUUCAAACGCCUGCAAGAGGGCUUGUUUUUGUACACGAGAAAUGUCUCCCCCUAUGAUGGCGGCGUCUUUCAUCAGGCACCACUCCUGUUACCUCUGUUCGCCUUACUUCCCGACGCGAAAAGCUCACCUUUACCGACUGCUAUCUUCUACUUCCUCGUCGACCUGUUGAAUGCGCAUGCUUUGAUCUCCAUUUCUGCAUCCGGCCAAUCAGUCCAGUCAAGACUUCACUCGGCGGUUCGAAAACACGUCCGAUGGGACGGAGUCUCUGUUGCAGCAUUGUUUUUGUUCAAUCCUUUCACCAUUGCGACAUGUUUAGCGAGGUCAACAAACGUUUUCACCACAUCGGGAAUCCUCUUCGCCGUUUCCAAUGCCGUCGGAGGCAAUAGCAUCAACGCCAUGCUAGCCUUAGGAUUCGCCUCCUACUUGUCUCUAUACCCUGCGUUGCUAUUUAUCCCAUUGGUCCUAUUGUGUUAUGACCGACGGCUGCAGGGACCAGCCCCACCAAAUUCGACAUCUUUCAUUGUUCAACAUGGUGGCCUGUUGCUAGCCACAGUCGCAGGCCUUCUCGGGCUCUCGUGUCUGAUUACCGGCAAUUUCUGGGAGUUUAUCUCAGCGACAUAUGGCUUCCACCUCCUGGUACCCGACUUGACUCCCAACGUGGGGCUGUGGUGGUAUUUCUUCAUUGAGAUGUUCGACUCAUUCCGGGAGUUCUUCCUCGGUGUAUUCUGGCUUCACCUGGCCAGCUAUGUCGGGGGCCUUACGGCUCACUUCCGUUCCCAACCUCUAUUUGUUAUUACCUCGCUUUUAGGUAUCUUCGCCAUCUUCAAGCCGUACCCUAGUAUCUCGGAUGCAUCAUUGUUUUUCGCGCUGCUACCACUGUACCGGCACCUUUUCCCAUUGAUGCGAUAUACGUUCUUCGCAGGCGCGGCAAUCCUAUAUUCCAGCCUCCUCGGCCCUGCUUUCUACCACCUUUGGAUCUACGCAGGAUCUGGAAACGCCAACUUCUUCUAUGCUAUUACCCUGGUGUGGAGCCUUGGUCUCUCAGUCCUACUAGCCGACGUCAUAUUCGCUGCUAUCAGAGACGAAUGGGAGCAAGAGAACCCAGAGCGGGUGGGCCUGAAGGUCCGACAGGUGUAA